CCCGGGGCCGCGGCAAUGGACGAGCGGCUGCUCCGCGCCCUCGGGGGGCUCAGCCUGGGGCCCCAGCGGGGCCGCGGCGGCGGGAGGCUGGUGCUGCUGCGGGGGCUGCCGGGCGCCGGGAAGAGCACCCUGGCCAGACAACUGAAACGUGACUAUCCCAGUGCCGUAGUUCUUAGUACUGAUGACUUCUUCAUUGAAAAUGGUGUAUACGUGUUUGAGCCUGACUUCCUAGAGGAUGCACACAAGUGGAACCAAAAAAGAGCACGCAAAGCAAUGAAGAAUGGGAAAAGCCCGGUUAUUAUUGACAAUACCAACAUCCAUGCUUGGGAAAUGAAGCCGUAUGUGAUAAUGGCGCGUGAAAAUAGAUAUGAAGUUACAUUCCAAGAACCAGAUACACCCUGGAAGUUCAAUGUUCAAGAACUGACAAGAAGAAAUAUUCAUCAUGUCCCUCGGGAAAAGAUACAACGGAUGAAAGAACAAUACGAGCACAAUGUUACAUUCCACAGUGUUCUUCACUCUGAAAAACCAAGCAGAGAUGAGGGAAGCUACAGUGGACCAAAUGCAUCUUAUGGCAUGGAUACCCAUUCCAAUCCUCUUUCAGAUUUCUCAAGGAGAAGACCUCACAGGACACGUGCAAACAACAUGACAUUUAACUGAAGAGGUGAUUCCUUGGUGUGUUUUAAUUAUCAGGGUAUAAAAGUCUCUAGUUUUAAAUUUUUUCUAAACUGUUUGUGUUUUUCUACUACAUUUCUAAAUUACUUUUCUUUCUUACAAACCUUUAAAUGGCAUUGGUCUGUGAUCUCACAGCUCUACGUGACCAAUCUAAGAGCGCUGUCCCCAGUACAAACUGUACUCCCUCUCAUCCCUCUUCCACCAGGAAAAUCCAUCUAAGUAGGAACUGGACUACAGGACUAGGUCUGUACAGCUGAAACACAAGGCUAUCAAAUACACAAACUAACUCAUAAUGACUUAAGAAAGGAGGAAAAACCUGUUUUUGCUAAGGGGAGAAAUCAACCUCUUCAGCCACUGAAUGCUGAGAAGCCACUGACUGACGGAUGAGUGGGAAAAGAAACUAUCCUGCUGUGGUUUUAUCCAUACUGUUACAUUCUGAUGAUUAUGUCCUUGUCAAGAAGCCUUGUGAAACAUUUUUAAAACUCCACUUGUCAAUUUUUUUACAUAGGUGUGGAUUAUUAAGCAGUGCCUAUAGAACAGACCGUGGUGAGGCAUUUUGCAGGAGGAAAUGAAGACAGCUCCCAUCUGACAUUAGGAAAUAUGGGUAUAACUGUGAUUCAUCUAGCAAUUUAGCAGAGAAGUCUGAGAGGUAUAAUGUUGUCUCUAUGCAAAAGUCAAGCUGUCUUCAGGACACAAUAGAUAUACAAGAUAAAUUGCAUUUUCUACUCAAAAUGCAUUAAAGCUUUAAGCAUCAUCAUUACGAACAAUUCUGAACUGGGGGCCCAGGGACUCUGGCUCUGCAGUAUUCCAUGGAAGUUUACAGAACUACCAGCGAGCUCGUGUCAGCCCAUUAUAGUUCUCCAGUCCUGCACUUGAGCCAGGUGAACAGCACAGGACCCCUGAAGGGUUGCUGAGUGGGAGCUGGUGGUCUCAGUUCUGAAACAUCCUCCCUCCUUUGAACCAUGCCUGGUGGGAAGCAGCAGGGCAAAGGGCAACCUGACAAGCAGCUAUUUGAAAUGUGGAGGUGGCAGCUGGUCCAGCAGGACUAUUUCCCUCUCCAAUGGAGAAACUCCAGUUCUGAGCUUAACCUGUUGAAAUCAAUGAGAACAAAAUAAUGAAUUCAAGCACUAUUUCAUCCCCAUCAGAAAGAUCUUGUGAUAAAAUCAAAGAAAGAUCUGAUUAUCUUUCACGAUGUUGUGGCCUCAAGUGCUUCUUUAAGGAGUAGCUCAGAAACACUGACCAAAGAUUUAUCACUAAUACCUUUGUGUGGCAUUUUGCUGUAAAUCAAAUAAUCAUAGCUGUUCUCUAAACCUUUUUUAGUGCUAUAUGGAAAGUGAAGAGGAAAGUACAAGAACAGACCCUAAUUACACAGAGCAACAUUUCAGAAUUAAAAUGUUCUGUACAGUAAAAAUAAGAUAACUAUUUUGCCCUGUUCUUCUGAUAGCCAAACAACUACUCUAAUGCUGCAGGGGGAAACAAAACUGAUCGCUUUAGACUGAAACAAAGAUCCUGCUGUAAUUUAAGAAUACAUCAGAAUCCAAACAAUGGCUUAUACAAUGUCAUAAACUCCUCAGCCAUACUGAUGUUAUUGUACAGUACAUAUUUGUGAGAAGUGUAUAAUUUCUUCAGACUAUUUUGCAGAUGAAAUGUUAUUUCAUGAGUCUGUUUUUGAGAUACAGCUUUAUUAAACAGAUUCCAGAUUUAAUGUACAAAGUGUAAAAAUAAUCUGAAUUUGAAAUAUAUACAAAACUGUACAUGGGUGUUUAGUAGCAUUUUCGGGAUUUUUGUCUUUGUAGCACUCUGCGGGCUGGUAACAAGUCCACGGGUUCCUUUGGGUCCUUCUGAAGAGUCUCAGCUACUUCAGAAUUGCUUUUUGAUGAGUUAUUUGCUUUCUCAGUAGACCUGGAACUACUUCUGGAUGAAAGAUCAUCAGAUAAAUUAGUAGCUAUUGUAUUGCUGGUUUCAUUUACAUAAUUCAUCUUCCUUUCUUCUGGUAAAUUAUUCAUGAGUGCUUGUGUAUUAAUCAUUGCCAGUUCUUCAUCAGCAACCAGGUCAUUCUCAGGAAGAUGGACAGUUUCUCUCAAUUUUCUACAGGGCAUGACACGACCAAUAUUCUGAUCUGUCUCUUUUGAUGACUUGCUACACUGUAAACCCAAACUUCGUGGGGGCUGGAAUGCUUUUUUAACAGAUGGAGAAAUUACUGAACAUAUUGGUGUCAGUGGUGGAGGGGCAGGUAUGCAACUGAGAAAGUCCAUAGCUUUUCUCUUUCUGGUGUUUUUGAGAUGCUCUUCACUAACUGUAGCAGGUGAAGGUGUUUUUGCUGACCCUGGUGUGACAAGUUUCAUAUAUGAUGUGAUAGUUGACAAAGGGCUUGGAUGCUUAAUUUUGAUUCUAGUAGAGAUCUAGUUAAAAAGAAAGAAGUUUAAUGAAAUGGAACAUUCUAUUCAACAUCAGCUUCCUCAAUUACUUCCACAAAAUGGGAAAAAAAAUCCUGAUAUAAAAAAACUUGAAGAUAACAAAACACACAAGACAGAUGCUACACAGCAAAUCAUUCAAACACACAUCUAACUUGAAAAUACUUUUCAUGUCUCAUUUGUUUUAAACUGGUUAAUAUAUUUGAUAAACAAAUAGAAACUAAACCUUCAGAAUUAAGUAUUAGCACUCUCUGUGAAAUGGAAAAGGGUUAGGCUUAUAUGCAUAAAUUUAGUCCCCAGGAACGGAAAUCACAUCAGGGUGUUUCCCCCCCCAUCACAACUAGUGGCAGGGAAAGUUUUUGUUCUGACUGCUCAGUACUCCACAUCAGAAACAACCUGCCUCCAGCAGCUUUCAUGGGAAACUUGAGUACUGUUUAAAACAAUUUUUGUCAAGACUGCUAUAAAAUGUAAACAUUUACUAGGUGAUACCUCUACCCCUUUAAAUCCUGGAAAUAGUAAACAAUAUCUAGUUAAAAGACCAGGAGGUAAAUUCUCUCAACAAAAAUAGGAACUGCAGAAUGCCAUAAAAGAAGAAUUUACAGAUCAAGAUUUUUCCUUCCAGUGACAUUCACAUCAGGUAAUCUUCACAGUGUGACCAAGGAAGUGAUAAAUUAUCUAUUGAGAAAUGAUGAUUCAUUUACUCACAUAAAAUUUAGAAUAUUUAAGUAUGCUGUGGAAACAUAGGCCAUAAGGGGAAGUUGUCAUGUACUGCUGGGAGGAAGAAUGGUCUUUCAGUUCCUCCUGGGGAAUAACAGUAAACCCGCCCAGAGAAAGUGUCUAAUCAGUUUGCAUUGCCUGAAGAGAAUGGAUGGAGUGGACUGAGAAGUGGGACCAUUGACCACAACCAUCAGUACAGAACUUACUUCUAGCCUCACUGCAUGCACUGCCAGUACAAACACAGUAUUAUUUAACAAAAGCUUACCAAACUUUUAUCCUCUGCAAAGUUACAGGAAGGCGAGGGGCUUUCCAAGCUGGAUCUUUUAGUUAAACUGGGUGUACGCAAGAGAUUUCUUUGUAGCAAAUUCAUCAAUUUACUUUCUGCAUCAGAGCAAAAGGAGGACACAUUCUGCAAAGGAGAACAGUUUGCAAUGCAGAACAGUUGUUUUUCAAAUUGUUUAAGUACUAUAUGCUCACAAAGUAUUUAGGACUUUCUUUUCUCAUCGUAAUCCCAGUAGAAUUUUAUUUUAUAUCAAACCAACAACUUGGAAGACUGCUGCACUUUCCGUGGAGGGAAAUAAAACUACCUUUUAUUGUGAGCAAGAAGAAAAAAAUUCUUUUGUAUUUAAACUUAUUUUUCAGUCAGAAAUGGGAAUGCAUGACCAGGACAUGGUAUUUAGCACUGCUAGAAAAUUGAAAUAAAAAAUAAAUAAAUGAAAUCAACAAUCCAAUACUGAAUAAACUCCACUGAGCAAGAGAGUAAAUUUCAGCUUUUAAAAGGCUGGAGGCCAAACCGUGCAUGACAGAUUCACUAUUGACAGAUAUAAGAUGCUUUGCCAGCCAGAGCAAAAGACGGUGUUGGUUGAACUGAAUUAAAAAAGAAAAA